AUGCCACCGACACUCCGGAAGCGCAAAGCUGAGCAACAGCCCGCCACGACUGCUAUCCGAAGACCCAAGCCAUCGGCGAAGGGGAUUGACGACCAUCCACGAGGCAAGAGGCUUCUUCCGACAGUGAUAGAUCAACUUGCAAAGGCCGCACCAGAUACCGUAUUCGCCUCAAUACCCAGGACAAGUGACCCCAACGAUGGCUUCGAAGAUGUCACGUACGCGCGACUCGCCAAUGCCGUCAAUAGAACGGCUCAAUGGCUUCAAAACAGCACCGAGUUGCCAUCACAGUCUCGAACCACGGUAGCAUACCUCGGAACCUCGGAUAUUCGCUACAUCGCACUGAUCCUGGCCGCGCAGAAGCUGGGAUGUGUGAUGUUCCUCCCCUCCCCUCAUAAUCCGGCCGAAGUGCAGAAGGACCUUCUCCAUGCUACUCACACUCAGCUCCUGCUGUGCUCGGAAGAGUCUGCCACGCAAGCGAGAGAUCUAGUGAAGCCCAGCGGAGUACAGUUAGCUGUUGUGCCUACGCUGGCGGAGCUCUUCGAUGCUUCGCCUGUGGAACACGUGCUAUACAAGAAAACGCACCAGCAGGAGAAGAACCGGCCUUUUGUGGUUCUGCACACCUCGGGCACGACAGGUACGCCCAAGCCUGUGGUCUUGCCGCAUGCGUACUAUGCGUACGAGGAUUUAAGUCAGGGGGAGGAGUAUGCUGGCUGUAUUACGAGUGUACCGUUCACGGCUGGAGUUCGAUGCCUUACUACAGCGCCAAUGUGGCAUGCGGGUGGCAUGUUCUUCAGCUUGCUAAAGCCGAUUCUGAACCAGAUUGUAACGGUAUUGCCACCGACGGGACUGCCGAUAACGGCCGAGCUGGUGGACACGUGCUUGAACUUGCUCGACAAGAUUGACAUCCUCCAAGCUGCUCCAUCCUUGCUGGCUGAUAUGAGCGCCGAUGCUCGCUAUGAGCUUACGUUGGAAAAUCUCACGUACAUUGUCAUGGGUAGCGGACCGAUGGCAAAGGACGCCGGCGACAGACUGCUGGGUAUCAACGCCGAAACGUUGCAUUUCUUUGGCGCCACGAGAACAGAUCUACUCCCUCUGCUACCACUCAAGGACCCCGUGGAUUGGCAAUACCAUCGCUUUCACCCACUAAGUGGUGCAACUUUCCGCAAGAUCAGUAAAGGUAUGCAUGAGCUGGUGGUCGAGAAGGUCCCAAACGCAGUACAACCCUACUUUGACAGCAACCCGAAGGCCAAGGAGUACUCGACCAAAGAUGUCUUCUCCCCUCAUCCUAAAGAGCCAGACUUGUGGAAGUUUGACUGCAGAUUGGACGAUAUUCUCACCUUCUCCACUGGCGAGAAAAUUAAUCCUACCGCUUUUGAAGCAGCGGUUCGAAGCCCUGGCUGCUUCGUCCUCGUAGUCGGACAGGGCAGGACGCGGCCUGCAUUACUCGUUUGGAUGGUAAAGAACCCAGUCUCCGGGUUACUCGACACCAUGUGGCCAAGGAUUGAAGCAGCGAAUGCGCUCCUGCCGACAUAUGGACGCAUCGACAGGGACAUGGUGACUCUCGUCGGGUUUCCGGACGUCACGCCCAAAGGUACCAUCAACCGUCGGAAGACGGAGCUCAAGUGGUCCAAUAUGGUGAACGAUCUGUACGCUGCGAAGGCGCUUUUCACUCUCGACGAUGACAUUGCAAGCGGCGUAGACGCAUGGAGAGUUUGCACAACGACAUCGAGACUAAUCGGAAAAAGCCUCGGCAGCAUGAUCAUGCGCACUCUGGUCCCGGGGUCUGAGCAUCAUCAUCAUCAUCAUCAUCAUCACCUGUCUUUGCUAGAGCGACAUGUUCACAAGCUGCCGAAGUCUAGUAAACAGGCUCGGAAGGUGGACGCUGCGUUGCAUACCUUCGACUCUGUGCUACUUACAGGUUCGACUGGUACGCUCGGCUCGCAUCUGCUACACAAGUUGUUGCGCGAUGACAAGUCAAAACGAGUCGACUGCCUCAACAGGGCCGCCACAGCAUCCGAACAAUUCCUCGCGUCUUUUCCAAACGACAAGGACCUGCUCGAGAAAGCCCACUUCCACCACACGACCAACCUUGAUGCACCUCAUCUCGGUCUGGACAGUACGGCGCACAAUCAUCUAGUCACCUCUACGUCCACAAUCAUCCACAACGCCUGGCCAGUCCACUUCCACCUAACCCUCCAAUCGCACGAGGACCACGAUUACAAACAUGCUGACAGCGACUGCAUGGAGACUCUCGACGCCCAUAUUGGUGGCCUUGCGUCUCUGAUCGCCUUCGCAGCCAUCGAUUCCAAGCACCCUCAACUCGUCUCCAUCUCCAGCAUGUCCGCAGUGAUCUGCUGCUCCUUCGAUCUCUCUCCUGGGAGUGUGGCCUAUCAGCUCUCUGAGCCACGCCCUUACCACGAGACCAACGCCGGCAUCAUCCUAGCCUGCAAGCAGACCCAUGCCGAAGCCCUUACUCUCUACUACAGCCGUUCGAUCUCCCUCUGCGGCAGUACAGAGGAUCUGUGGCUAAGGGUUAUCAUGACGAAAGUUGCUCCUGCCCAUGCAAGCCUGAUCAAGGAGAUCCGUGUAUGGGACUCAAAGACCGUGAAUUUUCCGCUAUCACAAUGCCACUAUCGAGCUACAGCACGGAUGUACUUAGUGCGCAAGUCGAAGAAGUCGGGGUGA